ACUUCACAUUAAGAACGAUAGAAAGUAAUGAGUCUGGCAAAAGUAACUGGUUUAAAUGGUUUAUUUAAGCUUGCAUCAUUUGGAACAGACAUCCCCAGUGACCUCCUUCUUCGUUGUGUGGUCCUCGCUGUGAGCGUCCUGAUAUCGGUAUCGUUACCACAGCCUCAAAUACAGAAUGAGCUCCAUGUGUUCCUAUGGAGCCAAAUAUAGCAAAAGAUAAAUGUAAACGACAGACCAAACGAUCAAGGUGUGUGUUUCCUGGUUAGUCGACAUUGGCUGCUGAAAGUACACCCCCCACACACACAUCUGCCUCUCAUUAUGGAAGAUCACCAGUUGGUCGGUAACAUCUAACCCUCUUCCUCAGGUUAAAUACACUGACAUAUGUUGUGUGUUUAAGGUGUGUGUGCGCGUGCGUAAGGGGCGUGGAGGUGGAGGGGAGUGUUGCCUCCCUCCUGACACGUCAUCCUCCUCUCUUCAGCCCCCCCCUCUCUCAGUCCGGAUCUCUUUGUUGUGGUGUCUGCAGCUGCUUCUCGCUUACCUUCACCGCGUCCUCUGCGCUGCGCCACCGCUCCCCGCCGCGCCGAGGCAAACACCGCGACUCAUGGUCACCACCCUGACUGGUGGGGGGGGGAUUUAGGGACGCGCUCGUGGUGCAUAAAUCCACGUGAGGAGACACGCGGAGCUGCGGAGGAAGGACGGACGGAUGGGGGGAAUUCUGCCGCUUCCUUUCUGCACGAACCGGAGCGGAAACUGAGCUCUGCGCACAUUCCUCCAUCUUCUCCUCGGUUCAAGCAGGGAUUAUUCCUCCACCUGCAGCCAGACUCCGCAUCAUGUUUUCAGGCCCUGGGAGGAGCAGGACCGGGUCUCUGCGGUGCCUGCUGCCCGCCCUCCUGCUGCUGCUGCCGCUCCACCUGCCCGCCGCCCGGGCGUCUUACAACCCCCACAGCGGGGAGUGCAAAGGCAAAGGGAAGGACUGCACAGAUCUGUCUGAGAAGAAGAGCGACCUGAGAGUGUGUGAUGACUCCAGCUGUCGGUACGGAGGCGUCUGCAGGGACGACGGCGCGCAGCUCAAAUGUGUCUGCCAGUUCCAGUGUCACAAGAACUACGUCCCGGUGUGCGGCUCGAACGGAGACACCUACCAGAACGAGUGCUACCGGCGGCAGGCGUCCUGCAAGCAGCAGAGGCUGAUCUCCAGAGUGUCCGACGGGCCCUGCUCCACCGAUCCUGGUUCUGGUUCUGGAGACGGCGGCGGAGACGACGACGAGGGUUCAGCCUCCGACGGCGGGAAGAAGUUCACAAAGUGCAGCACCUGUAAAUACGGAGCCGAGUGCGACGAGGACUCUGAGGACGUCUGGUGCAUCUGUAAUAUCGACUGCAGCGGUCACAACGAGAACCCGGUUUGUGCGACGGACGGAAACUCCUACAACAACCCGUGUCUGGUGCGCGAGGCGUCCUGCAUGAAGCAGGAGCAGAUCGACGUCAAACACCUGGGCAGGUGUCCCGGUGAGAAAGAGAAAACUGGAAAAAAGGACGACAGCAGCCCCUUCAAAGUGAACGUCCUAGAGACCACGGGUUUGGACCAUGGAGAUGGUUUCUACGCCGGGAUGCCGAUCCCCUGCGCCGACGGCUUCUGUGUUCACGGGAAAUGUGAAUUCAACUACAACGUGGCCACCUGCAGGUGUGAUGCGGGUUAUAAAGGCGCUCAGUGUGAGGACCCUCAGGACUUCAACAUCCUGUACGUGGUUCCCAGCGGUCAGAAGCUUCACUACGUUCUCAUCGCCGCCAUCAUCGGCGCCGUGCAGAUCGCCAUCAUCGUCGCCGUGGUGAUGUGCAUCACAAGGAAAUGUCCAAAAAACAACCGGGGUCGCCGGCAAAAACAGAACCUGGGACACUUUUCAGCGGACACGAACUCCCGGAUGGUAUAGCCGCGUUGGUCCGGGUCCUUUUUUUAAAACCGUUUUUCUUACGCCGUGGGAAUAGCAUUUUUUAAACGGUAGAUGUUUGGUGUUUUGUUUUUCCUCCUGAGAAACCAUAAAGAAAAGAAGAAUGAGAAUAUUUAUUUAAGGGGCCUUACUUACUUUCCCUCCUGUUUCAUUUGAGAUUUUUGGAUGGAAAUCAUUUUCUUUCUUUGCCGGAAGAUCGAGAACAAGGAGGCGAAUCUUCAAACCCCCCCGCUGUCACUUUACGUCGUUCCCGUGUCCGCUGUCUUAAUCACGUCACUCUGCUUCUCUGGAGGUAGACGCUUUAUAAAGACGGUACUUUUGGUAAACUGGAGAAAUGUCCGCCCCUCUCGAAUGUGCUAUUUAUUGGAACGUGAUGAUUUGUACGGCCCGGUUUUAAUACCUGUGCAGCUGACCACCAAAGGCAGUGUGUUUUCUAAUUGAAGGAGUUCGGGGCCGGCCAGUGAUGCAGAAACGUUUAUACUUUAUUCUCUAAAGACGUCACUGUGUUCCAACAAGCUAAUCAUGAGUUACUACUCUAAGGAUCCUUUUCUUCAGAGUAGCUUUUGUUACUUUUGUUUCAAAUGUUCUAGUUCCUGUAUAUAUAUCCGCAUGACUUGUGAAAACUGUGUACUGUGGUGUAGUUUGAAACCUUUUUGAAAAGAAGAGCCGACGGCCUCGACGCCUCCUCCUUUUCAGACAAAUUCGAAGAUGGACAUCCAAAAUAUUCAGACUGACAAACGGAGGACAGUGACAGGGGGAGGUUCACGAUGUGUUUGAAGAAAGGAAUGUUUAAAGUUUGGAAAAAAACUGUCUGAAAAUAACAAAAAGAGGAGCGGAAGUUUCAGUACGUUCUUCUGAAACACAGAUUGUGUUGAAUCCAAGGCAUGUUUUUGCAUCUUCGUACGAAAACACCCAAAUUGAGAGGAUUGUAAAGGAAGUGUGUCGCCUGUUUUUAGGUUUCAAAGACUGCAAAUGUAAUCGGAGAACACCUUGGUGGCAGAGAUGGCUGUAAUCACGGUUUACCUUUGAAUGUGGGAGAAAUAUUCAGUAUUUUUCUACUUUAGUUUGUUUCAGUUUAGCAUUUGCUCCACAGCGAGACAUUCCAAGCACAUAAACUGAUCUAGAAAACUCUAAAAAUGUCAGCAGAAAUAUAAGUUGAACCCCCGCUUUCUUCUGGUACAAACACGUUUGGUGUCCAGCGGAAAGCAGAGUAGAAGUGAGUAGAAGUGGGAGACAUUGGAGUAUUUUGUUGUUCUGAUUGUGUUGAUUUUAAAGGAAGGCGUCUUCGUACAAAACACCCAAAUUCAGAGGAUUGUAAAGGAAGUGUGUCGCUGGCUUUGAGGUUUUAAAGACUGAAAUGGUUCUUAAGCUGUAACCGCAGAGUCCUGGUUGCAGAGAUGAGUACUCCAGGCUUUUCUUUGAAUGUGAGAAUUUGUUUUUGUUUUUCGUUUGCUCCACAGCGAGACAUUCCAGGCACGGGAAUCUGAUAAUAAUAGAACGAAGAAAUGACUUUACAGUAAGAUUAUGACCUAAAGACCCUGUUUUCCUUUUGGUAUUAAUUUAGGCGAUCAGAUCGGAGAAAAAGAAAGACAAAUAGUGUAUGUAGAAAGUCAACAACAAUCCACAGGAACCGGCAUCCGAUGAGUGGCGAUGCUUUCCUGUGAUGCUCCUUGUGAUAAUCUGUGUGACGUUUGUGCGUUUUAUAUCAAAGACUAUGGAAGAGGAGAAGGGCCACAUGUAUGUUCAAGUUCUGAGAUUAAUGUCUGAUCCUGAGGAAUUCAUUUUCACUGAAUUGCGAGGAAACAUUCAAAAAAGUCAACAUUUUUUUAAACUCUCAGAAAUUUGAGAAAAAAACCCUCAAAAUUCAGAGGAAAUAAAGUCGGGAAAGAAAAUCUCGGAAUUUUGAGAAAAGUCCCCAAAAAAAGUCAUCUUAGAAUUUUUGGAAAAAGAGUCUGAUUUAGUUUUGCUUGAAUUUUGCGGCAAGAUAUCUAAGAAGUCUAAUUUAAGAGAAAUAAAUGAUGAAUAAUAAAAGUAUUUCUCACAACUUUAAGAGGAAGCCUUCACAUGUGGCCCUAACCCUCAUCUGUAAAAGUCCCAUCCUUUCUUUUGGAAUCGACCCACUGCUGAAGGUUUCGGUGUCAACAUGCAGUGUGGGAAGGAGAGUAUCCGGACUGAGUCGAGCAUCACUCUCCGCUUCAUUCCUGACCUCGAGUCGGUGGGGAAAUAUUCCAGUUUUUGAUCUGAAGAGUCGGAUGCUGUGCGUGUUUCUUUUGUUUUCCGACACAGGACUUUGUGUAAGGUGUUAGUCUACAGGUCGUAGGUCAGCCUCCCCUGGGCAGCGUGUUUCUUCGUGUUGUCCACCAUCGCAGCCGUGACUUCUCUAAAUGUGACUAGAAUGUGUUUGACAUGUUAAUAUUCUGCAUGUAGACUUCCAGAGGCUAUUUUUAGUCUCUGCCAAAAUAAAAAAGGAAAUGUUUUUUAAUGUA